GACAUGACCCUACAUAUGACAAGGGAUGAAUGGAUGAAAGAGGAAAGAGACACAACCCUUUGUACUAGUGAUGGAGGGAUGGAAGAUGAACAAGACACAACCCUACAUACAACAAGUGAUGGAGGGAUGGAAAAGGAAAUAGACACAAAGCUACAUACAAUAAAUGAUGAAGGGAUGGAAAAGGAAAUAGACGCAACCCUAGAUACAACAAGUGAUGGAGGAAUGGAAGAUGAAAGAGGCACACUCCUAUAUACAACAAGUGAUGGAAGGAUGGAAAAGGAAAGAGAUACAACCCUACAUACAACAAGAGAUGAAUGGAUGAAAGAGGAAAGAGACACAACCCUAUAUAUGACAAGGGAUAAAUGGAUGAAAGAGGAAAGAGACAUGACCCUACAUACAACAAGUGAUGAAGGAAUGGAAAAGAAAAUAGACGCUACCAUACAUACGACAAGGGAUGAAUGGAAGAAAGAGGAAAGAGACAUGACCCUACAUACAACAAGUGAUGAAAGGAUUAAAAAGGAAAGAGACGCGACCCUACCUACAACAAGUGAUGAAGGGAUGAAAAGGGAAAGAGAUGCGACCCUACAUACGACAAGGGAUGAAUGGAUGAAAGAGGAAAGAGAAAUGAACCUACAUGCAACAAGAGAUGGAGGAAUGGAAAAGGAAAUAAACGCGACCCUACAUAUGACAAGGGAUGAAUGGAUGAAAGAGGAAAGAGACACCACCCUACAUACAACAAGUGAUGAAGGGAUGGAAAAGAAAAGAGAUGCAACCCUACAUAUGACAAGGGAUGAAUGGAUGAAAGAGGAAAGAGACAUGACCCUAUGUACUAGUGAUGGAGGGACAGAAGAUGAAAGAGACACAAUCCUGUAUACAACAAGUGAUGGAGGGAUAGAAAAGGAAAGAAAUGCGACUCUACAUAUGACAAGGGAUGAAUGGAUAAAAGAGGAAAGUGACACGGCCCUGUGUGCUAGUGAUGCAGGGAUGGAAGACGAAAGAGACACAAUCCUACAUACGACUAGUGAUGGAGGGAUGGAAAAAGAAAGAGACACAACCCUGUGUACUAGUGAUGGAGAGAUGGAAGAUGAAAGAGUCACAAUCCAACAUAAGACAAGUGAUGGAGGGACGGAAGAGGAAGGAGAUACAAGCCUACAUACAACAAGUGAUAAAGGAAUGGAAAAGGAAAGAGAUACAGCACUACAUAAGACAAGUGAUGGAGGGAUGGAAGAGGAAAUAGGUGCAUCCCUAUAUACAACAAGUGAUAGAGAUAUGGAAGAUGAAAGAGACACAAUUCAACAUAAGACAAGUGAUGAAGGGGCAGAAGAGGAACAAUACACAAGCCUACAUACAACAAGUGAUAAAGGAAUGGAAGAGGAUAGAGAUGUGACACUAUAUAAGACAAGUGAUGGAGGAACGGAAGAGGAAAGAGACACAACUCUAUAUAUGACAAGUGAUCGAGGGAUGGAAGAGGAAAGAGACACAAGCCUACAUACAACAAGUGAUGAAGGAAUGGAAGAGGAGAGAGAUGUGACCCUACAUAAGACAAGUGAUGGAGGGAUGGAAGAGGAAAGAGACACAACUCUAUAUAUGACAAGUGAUGAAGGGACGGAAGAGGAGAGAGACACAACCCUGCGCAAGACAAGUGAUGGAGAAAUGGAAGAGGAAAUAGAUGCAACCCUACAUACAACAAUUGAUGGAGGUAUAAAAGACGAAAUAGACACAACCCUACAUAAGACAAGUGAUGGAGAGAUGAAAGAUGAAAUAGAUGCAACCCAACAUACAACAAGUGAUGGUGGGAUGGAAGAGGAAAUAGAUGCAACCCAACAUACCACAAGUGAUAGUGGGAUGGAAGAGGAAAUAGAUGCAACCCAACAUACAACAAGUGAUGGUGCCAUGGAAGAGGAAAUAGAUGCAACCCAACAUACCACAAGUGAUGGUGGGAUGGAAGAGGAAAUAGAUGCAACCCAAAAUACAACAAGUGAUGGUGGCAUGGAAGAGGAAAUAGAUGCAACCCAACAUACCACAAGUGAUAGAGAGAUGGAAGAGGAGAGAGACGUGACCCUACAUAAGACAAGUGAUGGAGGGAUGGAAGAGGAAAGAGACACGACUCUAUAUAUGACAAAUGAUGAAGGGACGGAAGAGGAGAGAGACACAACCCUGCGAGAGACAAGUGAUGGAGAAAUGGAAGAGGAAAUAAAUGCAACCCUACAUACAACAAUUGAUGGAGGUAUAAAAGACGAAAUAGACACAACCCUACAUAAGACAAGUGAUGGAGAGAUGAAAGAUGAAAUAGAUGGAACCCAACAUACAACAAGUGAUGGUGGGAUGGAAGAGGAAAUAGAUGCAACCCAACAUACCACAAGUGAUAGUGGGAUGGAAGAGGAAAUAGAUGCAACCCAACAUACAACAAGUGAUGGUGGCAUGGAAGAGGAUAUAGAUGCAACCCAACAUACAACACGUGAUGGUGGCAUAGAAGAGGAAAUAGAUGCAACCCAACAUACCACAAGUGAUGGAGAGAUGGAAGAGGAGAGAGACGUGACCCUACAUACUACAAGUAAUGCGUGGAUGGAAGAGGAAAGGAGUCUGGAAGGAGACGCUGAGCUGGAGGAAGAGCUCUCUGAUGAAGCUUCUGAAACAGAGGACAAUUUGGAGUUCGAUCCGGACUACCAGUCUACUGAUGAAGAAGAGUCAGAGGACGAGCCAGAGAUCACUGCUGACACAGAGGCUGCUUAUCAGUCAAAAAACAAAAAAAUACUGUGGAGUUCAAUAACUCCUCCUCAGAGACGAGGGAGAUUGCCAGCUCAUCGUAUCAUCAAAAUGACCCCUGGACCAACCAGGUUGGCAUGUGCCCAUGCGGAAGACAUAAGAUCAACGUUUGAAUUGUUUUUCCCAGAUGAUAUUAAAAAGAUUUUGAUUAAUAUGACCAAUUUAGAGGGGAAACGUGUGCUUGGUGCUGCCUGGAAGCGUCUGGACUGGAUGGACUUGCAGGCAUUUUUUGGUCUGUUGAUUCUGGCAGGCGUGUAUCGAUCCCACCAUGAGGCUAUGAGUAGCUUAUGGCACGGUGUAUCGGGGAGGGCAAUUUUUCGUGCUACCAUGGCAAUGGGUACUUUUAGCAAAUUGUCAAGGGUCUUCUGCUUUUAUGAAAGAGAUGAAGAGCAGGGCCAAAAGAAAAGUGACAAGCUGGCACCAAUAAGGAACAUCUGGGAUAAAUGGGUCGAACGCCUGCCGCUCUUGUACAAUCCAGGCCCAAACGUUACUGUGGAUGAGUGCCUGGUCCGUUUUAGAGGACAAUGUCCCUUCAAACAAUACAUGCCAAGUAAACCGGGCAAGUAUGGAAUUAAAAUCUGGGCAGCAUGUGAUUCCAGAUCGAGCUAUGCAUGGAACAUGCAGAUCUACACUGGCAAAGCUGCCGACGGCAAGUCAGAAAAGAACCAGGGAAUGCGAGUGGUCCUGGACAUGACGGCUGGUCUAGAGGGACACACCGUCACGUGUGACAAUUUUUUCACCUCGUACGCCCUCGGCGAGGAGCUGCUCCGAAGGAAAAUGACUAUGAUCGGAACAGUCAGAUCAAACAAGCCGGAGCUCCCACCUGCACUCCUGUCAAUGAAGAACAGGCUCCGAUUUUCAUCCAAGUUCGCCUUCACUGACACGCACGCUCUUGUGUCCUACUGUCCCAGAAAAAAUAAAAACGUGCUUUUGAUGAGCACGCUCCACAGAGACGACCAAGUAAGUGACAAAGAUCACAAGAAGCCAGAGAUAAUCCUGGACUACAACCAUACCAAAGGAGGAGUUGACAACCUUGACAAGCUUGUCGCCACUUACACCUGCCAAAGGAAGACAGCUCGUUGGCCCAUGGUGAUUUUCUUCAACAUGUUGGAUGUCUCUGCCUACAAUGCAUUCGUACUGUGGACAGAGAUAGAUCCUUUGUGGAACAAAGGGAAAAACACUAAAAGGAGGCUGUUCCUGGAAGCACUAGGGGAAGCUCUGGUGGCUCCCUACAUGACAAGCCGGCAUCACGUUCCCCGCGCACCAGCCUCUCACUGUAUGGUGAUACAUGCACAAGCAAGCUGUUCAAAAACUGAAGCUGUCGCUCUGCUAGCCUCCAAAUAUAAGGUGAUGGAAGCGCGAGCAUGUUCUUCUCCAGCCAAAAAAACCAACUCCUCACCAGUAUCAACCCCCAGCAAGAGGAAAAGGUGUCAGGUCUGUGAAUCAAAGAAGAGCACGAAAACCAGUAUGACGUGCAGUCAGUGUAACAUUUACAUUUGCAGGUCACAUGCUAUUAUAACUUCUUACUGCUACGCAUGCAAGAAGGUUUAAACAAGUCUUCGUCAUGGCUUAUAGUAGUAGUUAUUCUCUUGUUGUUCUCUUUACUAGCUUGUUUGCCGUUGGAAAAUGUAUCAUGUUUAUUGCUUUUUUUACCCAGAUGUUUUUAUUACUUUACUUCAUUAGACUUACUGUAUGUUGAUGUCAGAUGUUUUAAAUAAACGAGAGGCUACAAAGUAACUUGUACUCUGCG